CCAUUUUACUCCGACAGUCCAACUCCAUAACCACGGGACAAACUGAUACGCGCGGGCUCACUGAGCCGAGUUUCAUGCGGCCCGAGCCCCAAAAGGAAAAAAACGAGCCACAAUUCGGAAGCCCAAGAACUGGUUCGUUUGCUCACGCGCAAGAUAAGCGACAAAGAGCCUCUGGUGAAGACGCUGAACAAGUACGUGAAGCUGCUCCGAACCGAGCACUGCUUUUUGCUCUUUGAAGAACUCGCCAAAGAAGACAAGUGGCUGCACUAAGUGCAGCAAUUUGACGUGAGGAUUGCCCUGAAGCGAUGAGAAAUGGUAACCCAUUAUUUUGGUGUCACUCUGACUCCAUGCAUCAACCGUUUUACAAACAUAUGGAACUCCAAGAUCAGACACGUUGUGAAUGAGGGGCAUGCCGAACACGCCCUUGUUCUCUUCCGCCAGAUGAAGCGAAGUGGCGUUACACCCAACAACUCCACCUUUCCCUUUGUCGCAAAAGCAUGUGCCACACUUUCCCAUCUCAGGAACUCCCAACUCAUCCAUGCCCACGUCCUCAAAUCCUGCUUCCAAUCCAACAUUUUCGUGCAGACCGCUAUGGUUGAUAUGUAUGUCAAGUGUGGUCAGCUGGAAGAUGCACACAAUGUGUUUGUUGAAAUGCCCGUUAGGGACAUUGCUUCUUGGAAUGCAAUGCUGCUGGGUUUUGCUCACGGUGGUUUUCUUCAUAGGUUGUCUUGUCUUCUGUGUCAGAUGAGGAUUUCUGGGAUUCGUCCCGAUUCGGUCACGGUUUUGCUGCUCGUUCAUGCCGUUUUGCACGUGAAAAAUCUAACACUUUUGGGUGCAGUUCAUUCCUUUGGGAUUCGAAUUGGUUUUCAGAUGGAUGUUUCUGUGGCUAACACUUUGAUUGCCGCAUAUGCCAAGUGUGGUGACUUGUGCUCAGCAGAGACGAUGUUUGAUGAAAUUGACCCUGGUCUAAGGUCUGUUGUUUCCUGGAACUCCAUGAUUGCAGCAUAUGCUAAUUUUGAGAACAACGUCAAGGCUAUUAGUUGUUACAAAAGGGUGCUAGAUUGUGGCUUUUCCCCAGACAUUAGCACAAUUCUCAAUUUGCUUUCGUCAUGCAUGCAACCUAAGGCACUUUUUCAUGGUUUGCUGGUACACUCUCAUGGAGUUCAAUUGGGGUGUGAUUCUGAUGUAUGUGUGGUGAAUACUCUUAUUUGCAUGUAUUCCAAGUGUGGGGACGUUCAUUCUGCAAGAUUUUUGUUUGAUGGCAUGUAUAACAAAACUUGUGUUUCCUGGACUGUAAUGAUUAGUGGGUAUGCUGAAAAAGGAUACAUGAGUGAGGCACUGGCCUUGUUUAAUGCAAUGGAAGCUGCUGGUCAGAAACCAGAUUUGGUUACUGUGCUUGCUUUGAUUUCAGGUUGUGGCCAAAUGGGGGCACUUGAACUUGGAAAAUGGAUUGACAAUUACACUAUUAACAAAGGAUUGAAAGAUAAUGUUGUAGUUUGUAACGCACUAAUUGACAUGUAUGCCAAGUGUGGAAGUUUUAAGGGUGCUAAGGAGCUUUUUUACACUAUGGCUAACAGAAGUCUUGUCACCUGGACAACCAUGAUUACUGCUUGUGCUUUGAAUGGUGAUGUUAAAGAUGCUCUGGACCUAUUUUUUAUGAUGUUGGAAAUGGGAACGAAGCCAAACCGCAUAACAUUUCUUGCUGUUCUCCAAGCUUGUGCACAUGGAGGUUUGCUAGAAAGAGGAUUGGAUUGCUUCAACAUGAUGGCACAAAAGUAUGGCAUAAGCCCUGGUAUAGAUCAUUAUUCUUGUAUGGUUGAUCUUCUUGGUCGUAGAGGACAUCUCGUAGAAGCUUUAGAAAUUAUUAAAAGUAUGCCUUUUGAACCUGAUGCUGGCAUUUGGAGUGCAUUGCUCUCUGCUUGCAAACUUCGUGGUAAUAUGGAGAUCGGAAGGUAUGUGUCUGAAAAGCUAUUUGAACUGGAGCCCCAGGUGGCAGUUCCAUUCGUGGAGAUGGCCAACAUAUAUGCAUCAGCUGAAAUGUGGGACGGAGUUGCAGCUAUAAGAAGAAAGAUGAAAUAUCUUCAAGUGAGGAAAUUUCCCGGGCAAAGUAUUAUUCAAGUGAAUGGGAAAUCUACUAUAUUUACAGUUGAGGAUAGGGAUCACCCUGAAACCUUGUACAUAUAUGAUAUGCUAGAUGGCUUGACUUCCCAUUCUAAAAAUGGACUACUGGCUUUAUCAGAGGAGACUGUUGAUUGUGAAAGGGAGUAAAGAUAUACGCAAAGAAAGAAACUGCGAUCGGAGAGCUAUUUUGGUGGAUUAGUUCAGUACUGAUUUAGUCUUUCUUCUAUUUCAUGCACGUGUUCCAAGAGAAA